CAUAAAUAUACAUUCUGUGUGCCACGAUGGUCAUAUUCAACCAUGAUGCCACAGGGCACCAUCUCGGUGGCUACCCUAUUCAUUCUGGUCAUAAAAGUAUACGAGGGUUAUGCAACAUAUUAUCCUGUUCCGCCACCACAAUCAUGUUCUUAUUGGGGAUCUUGGAUUGAUGUCCCAGGGCAAUGUAAUCCACCGCCUGGAUGCACCAAGAUAUCAAAACGUGAGAUAGAAGAUCCAGUCAACAAACGUUCGUCUCCCGUACGAUGCACCAUGACGAAUUACCCAUGUAAAGUAAAGAGAACAUGCCAAAGGUGUGGAUACUAUAAACGCAGUGGUGGUACUGGUGGAUCGUGUUCAAGAGUAGAAUACAAAACAGUAAAUCGCUUAAUGUGCUGUAGAACAUAUCCUCCCCCUCCUCCCCCUCCUCCGCCACCUCCAACUACCCCGCCCCGUCCAACAUGUUACUGGAAACCCUGGGGAGGCUAUACAAAAUACGGACGUUGUGUUGAAAAAGGUCCGUCAACGCAACAAUGCUAUAAACCUGGUAUUUCAACAUGUUAUCGAAUACGGCAAUGUCACUGCACAGUACCUGGAUAUCGUGGUCCAGGAUAUUGUAGUGGGUCUUCGAAAGAGUAUAAAACAAAGCCAUGCUGUCUGCCACCAA